AUCCUCGUUGUGCAGUUUGGGGGCUCACCCUUCAGCUGUGUGGCUCUGAACUGGCUGCAGUGGCUGGUCUGUUGCUGUCUGGGUUUCGGCAGCCUGCUGUGGGGACAGAUGGUGUUCAUCUUCCGUACGGCUUACGGUGAAGCCUUUCUGUGACGUCCAUGAGCUCAUCAUCUCCGACACAUUCUGGCUGGACUUCUGCAGACUGUCCAUGGAGGGCAGUGAAACAGAGUGGUUGCGCGCAGGCUGCACAGCUCACACAGAAAAAGCAGCCUGGCCCGGGGCUCGAACAUUUCUCUCAUCACACCAAGACGAAUUCAUGCAAUUUAAGAAGUGAUGCCUCAUAUUGCAAUGUUUUCACCGCCUGCCUCCUCUUCCACGGUAGAAACGCCGGAGCUGCAAUGAAGGCAGGGGCCUCGUCCAUGUGGGCUUCAUGCUGUGGUUUGCUGAAUGAAGUCAUGGGUACAGGGGCCGUCAGAGGCCAGCAGCCAGGGUUUGGGGCCGGUGCUGGACCCUUCAGAUUUGCCCCCAGUGCGGGAUACUCCACAUACCCGCCCGCCAGCUCAGGAAGUCCCAGUCUGGUCUGCAAGGCCUGUGGUCAGGCCUUCUCAGUCUUCAGGAGGAAGUAUAUUUGCUGCGACUGCAAGAGGAGCUUCUGCUCUCUGUGCUCCGUGCUUCAGGAGAAUCUGCGUGUCUGUACCACAUGUCAUUUGCUGAAGGCGACAGCGUUUCAGCGUCCGCGGCUCAUGCGCCUACGAGUCAGGGACCUGCGUCAGUACUUGCUGCUCCGUAACGUCCCCACGGAUACCUGCAGGGAAAAACAAGACCUGGUGGACUUGGUGCUUUGUCACCGAGGCAUUGAGGAAGAGGAGGACCCAGACGCGGCCAGCCUCCACUCGCGUUCCCUCUACACGCCGACCCCUUCCACCACGCAGUCAGCCUCAGAGCUGUCGGCCUUCGUCGCCUCUCAGGAGGAGCCGCUCAGCAGGAGUGACAGCUCUGACACCAACCAGGAUAUAGGUGAUGCCACAUCUGUGUCUCUCCUCAACUUGGACCCCAGUGAACACACUCCGGAGGUCAGUCCUCAGACGCGGCGUCGGGCCAGAGCGUCGCUCUCAGAUAUCUCCAGCCUGAGGGACAUCGAGGGUCUGUCCGUCCGGCAGCUGAAGGAGAUCCUCGCCAGGAACUUUGUCAACUUCUCAGGGUGCUGUGAGAAGUGGGAGCUGGUGGAGCGGGUCAACCGACUGUACAGAGAGACGGAGGAGAACAGGAAAUCAUUGGAACAUGUGAGCAGUACAGAAACCACAGUGGUGGCCUUUCCCCCUCCUAUCUGCAACGGGGCCGUCGGAGACGGUGAGAAGGGUCCGCUGACGGUCCAGGAUGACAACCUCUGCAGGAUCUGCAUGGACGCUGUGAUCGACUGCGUCCUCCUGGAGUGCGGUCACAUGGUCACCUGCACCAAGUGCGGCAAGAGGAUGAACGAGUGCCCGAUCUGCAGGCAGUACGUCGUGAGGGCCGUGCACGUCUUCAAGUCCUAAUGCACCUCUGCAGGUCUCAGACUUUGUGUGUUUUGAAGUGAGGGUUGUAUGAGAUACUAACUCAAUAACAUACUGUGUUAUUGUGUGACUUUGGUAGGUUCAAAUUCUCCAAUUGUGGCAAUGAUAGACCAGCAACUCUGGUGUUCUGUGAGGUAGAAUUACAUUUUUCUUUCAAUGGAGCCUGGUGGCCUUGAAUGGAGCAGAUAUGAGAGAGACAAGGGCUGGAGCUCCUCUUUGGAACGAGCCAUCGUUAGCCACUUAGCCAAGGUAAAGUGGUGAAGAUAUUCUAAAUAUAGCGUUCACUCCAACUGAUUUUGAUUAUUCUAUAAGUGGCUGAAGUAUGUUUUGCUGCUGCUUUGUCCACAAUAGUAAUUUGCUCCAGGGCUGCUACUAAGUACUACUGAACACUCGCUUUGGAAGUAUCUCAUAUAACCCCACUUUAAAACAUCCACCUUUUAAAUCAACCAUGCAGCUCAUAACUUUGAAUCCGCAAAAUAGUUAUUUUGUGGGUGUUCCCACGUUUGUAUUCCCUUAAAACUCUCACACUAUUUGCACAUUCAAAUAUUGUGAGAAAUGUGUUUUUAUUAAUAACUUGACUUCAGUUUCAGUCAUUCCUCAAGUAAACAUAUCUCUAAUCUGUGUUCAUUCCUAAGUGUCUGUUUGGCUUUUCUUACAGUUUCUCAAAGCAAAGAAUGUGUGGCACUCAGCCACUUGUAGUCCUGUCUAACACAACGCAUCACCCUCAGAUCUGCCUAUAAACUGUAGCUUCUUUACAACUGCUGCAUGUCACUACAUAUCAUGGAAACACCGAGGACAGAAGCAAACUGAACCUCACCACAGGACAGAGGGUGAGUGAACAAGGUGCCAAAUAAUGGGUGUUGCUCUAUGCUUGUCACCCAUUUCUUCCCCCCUCCACUGUGUGGGUGUCAGCAUGUGCGGAUGUUGAUUUUUCAGCACUUUGUUCACACUGUGUUAAUGCACCACCGCUCACAACACACUGUAAACUAUGGCCAAUAACAAUGGCUGAAGUAACAUGUGUACUGAUUCUUGGAAACCUUGUGGGAUGAAGUUUAAAGGCUACUUAAUUUUUUGUCAGUUGAAAAAAAGAUAAAAUGGGCAAGUGCUAUGCGGUCUUGACUGAUGAAAUCAAUGCAUUAUUAAUUAUAUUGAAUUAUUAUUGUUUUAGAGGCGCAAAAUAAUGCACUUAGCGCUGCAACUAGUGGUUCAUUUUUCUGACAUUUAAACCGUCAUACAAAGUGUCAUUACAGCAAUAGCUAACCUUGGCUGUAGCUUCUGUCUCAGCAGCUUUAGUUGAAAGACAAAAACCGGUGCUAACUCCUCCAACCAUCUUCCUGUUUCCAGCUGAACUGUGGGUGUGAAACUGAAUGUUUGUUAUUUUUGUUGUACAUCGUUUGGAGUGGAAUGAAGUGCUUUUUUUUUUUUUUUCUCAUAUAGGAGAAAUGUAUUGAACUAACUUUUCAAAGAUAUAGCUCCAAGUUUACUGACAACUGUGGUAUAGAAAGUAUAUACAAAAUAAUGACUUGCUAAUGUAUAUUUGCAUAUAAUGAUCCAUAUGAGAUGUAAAUAUCUAUUUUUUCCAUUUGAUUUGAACGGUGUAAUAUCAGAUUAUUGAAAUGUCCCUGGGGUUGGGUUUAUUAUAUCAGAGUAACGUUUUUCUGUCAAGUGGUUUGAAAUGUGUUUAAUCUGCAUAGCUUGAAUUAUCUGUCCCUCUUAAACCAGAGCAUGAUGAGAACCGUAUGACGCUGGUUAUGUUAUUCCCCAUCUUCUCCACUUUCUCCCCCUCUACUCCUGCACAUUUUAGAAGUACCCAGACAAAGUCAACAUUGCUGCUCUUAGAGUAAAGAUGUCCCUAAAAUCAUUAGCAGCAGCGGAACAGGAGCACCUUUCCUUUAGAGAGGGUCGAACAGUGUGCAAGUCUUUGUAUUUUGGGGAUGUUGAACUUUUUAUUUUGGUAAUUAAAGAUUUUAAUUAAAGCCUG